CUCGUACCAGAUCCAAACUUAAUCAAAGAGAAUCGGUAUCUCUGUUCUUAAAUCUUCCCGAAGGAGUUCACGAUGAGAUCUUUCUGAAGUUACCAGCGAAAUCCAUCUUGGUAUCUAGGUGUGUAUGUAAGCUUUUCUGUAAUCUACUUUCUAAACCUAAUUUCAUCAAAAAUCAUACCAAUCGCACUAAUCAAAGCAAAACCAGCAACCCUAAGCUCUUGUUUACUCAAAUUCAGUCGUCGGGAGGUAAGCCCCCUAUGAUUUACUCUAUGCCUAUAGAUUAUUCUUCAAUUUCAUCAGCACCACCGUCAGAUGGAGCUCUUCUGAUAAAUUACCCAUUUGAAUCUACCCGAAUUUAUGUUCUUGAAUUUUGGGUUCAUGUAAUGGCCUGAUUUGCUUAAGAAUAUUUAGUAUUGAUAGAGCUAAUUUUCACAAGGAAUUUAUUUCGGAGACUAAAUUCUGUAUUCUGAACCCAUUGACAAGAGAAUUUAAGGAAUUCAAAAAGCCUGAAAAGUGUAAAGCCGUUGUUGCCUAUGGAUUUGGUUAUGAUAGCAGCAUUGAUGAUUACAAAUUAGUGAUGAUAUCAGAUUGUGAAAAAGGUGCUUGCCGUAAAAUUGAUGUUUAUACAGUGAAAUCAGAUUCAUGGAGUAGUAUUCAGGGCACAGUUAAAUUCUCAUGUCUCAGUGGUGAAGGAUAUAAUGGUGUGUUUUUCAAUGGAUGUCUUCAUUGGUUUGGAAGUAUUGGCAGUCAGAAACGUCCUCCGAAGUUAUCUUCUCUUUUGAUAUCAGCAAUGAGAUAGUGGUGAAUAUGCCAUUACCUGAAGAUAUUAUGCUGCCUAAGGAUUACACCGGAGAAGUUACUAAAAAUGUGGGAGUGUGGGGAGACUGCAUUGGUUUAGCUAUUUUUUGGGAUCCAGUUAGGAUUGAUGUGUGGGUGAUGCAGGAAUAUGGAGUGAAGGAAUCUUGGAUCAGAAAAUAUACCACAACACGACUGCCGGCGCGCUUGCAGUUGCAAGAAAUUCCAUUUUGGAAGCCGCAGUGGUGCUUUAACAAUGGUGAAAUUCUAGUAGAUUGUGGCAGGCAAAUACUUUUAUAUGAACCAAAAACUGGAAGAGUUACAUCGGUGGUGAUCCCUGAUAUUACUAUGGGCAGAAGUCGAGAGAGUUAUGUGGAGAGCAUAGUCUCACUUGGAUCUGGUACUUAUCUGGAGAAACCGAUUACAGAUGGGGUCGUGAAGAAUUCCCAGCGACAACAGGUGAGGAGUGAACGACAUCAAGUAACUUGAUUAACCAAAAGAAGACAGCUAUCUCGUCGACAGCCAAGGACGUGGCAAGAAAUAGAGGACGAGUCCGUUCUCUAUAUCGUCAGAUAUAACUUCCCAUGAACUUAGCAGCGAGAUUGGCCAAGAAAGCAGAGGCGCGUGCUAACUUCAUGCUAGGCGCAGAAGAGGAAUCCUUGCACAACAUUGAGGACCUUAUUGAUACUGGAGAGUACGCUUUCCCUUUUAAGAAAAGGAGAAAUUUCUAAAUACAUCCAAUGAAUGCAUCACUGGUUACUGAACCUACCUCAUGCUUUGCUAUACAUAGUUUGCUAGUUUUUGAUAGAUUGUACACUGUUUAUGUCAGAUGCUGUUCAAGAAAAUAGAAGAGGGAAUAUAGCUUUUAGCGGGUGAUUUUGAAAUAUUUGUCUGAUGUUGAUACUUUGUGGCAACAAUAACAAAAAAUCGGAAUUGGAACUUUUGCUUUCUGUUUCA